AUGGAUGUGUUUGGAGGUGCACCGCGUUUCUUGGCCUAUCCAAGACCUGUGGUGGUACAAAGCGGAACUGAUGCAGUCCUAAAGUGCCAAAUUGGUGGGGAUCCCAGGCCUGCAGUUAUCUGGGAGCGAAACAAUGAAAAGAUUGACCCACAAGGACGAUACAGGGUCUUCGAGGACGGAAAUGUUUACAAUCUUAUUAUUUGCGUCAACACUGAGGAUAGUGGCCAGUACAUUUGCAAAGCAAAGAACAGCAUUGGGGAAACAUACGCGGCGGCCACACUCAAGGUCGAAGGUGAGGCACAAGAGAUGGAGUUGAGAGAGGAAAAUAAGCCACGAUUCCUCAUCAAGCCUCUCUCUACACGUGCUGGUCGUGGGGAGGAUGCCGUCUUCUCUUGUAAACUCUGGGGAAACCCAAGACCCGAGGUUGUCUGGGAAAAAGAUGGCAGAAAACUCAAUGAAAUAUUUGAAAGCACACAUUUUAGUGUUGGCUACCAGGACGGUGGAUGGUUCCAGCUCAAGAUCUUUAAGACUCGUGCACCUGAUGGUGGUGUAUAUACGUGCAAAGCAAGGAAUGAGUGUGGGGAAGCGUUAGCUGGAGCUGUAUUGCUCGUUGAUGCAGGCCCAGGACACGAGGAAGAAGGUAAUCGCAAUGGCUACACAAAUGGCCCCUGGAAAACCCACCAGGGAAAACAAAGAAGUGGGAGGCAAGUUCCAAAUCGGCUCAAAGAUGACACCAUGACCAAGUCAACUAAAGUGAAAAUGUUUGCAGUGACAGAGGGCAAACAUGCAAAAUGCUGCUUUGUGACUGGGAAACCCAAACCGGAGAUCAUUUGGAGGAAAGAUGGCAGACUGAUACUCUCUGGAAGGAGGUAUUUGUUAUACGAGGACAGAGAGGGAUACUUUACACUUAAAGUUCUGUAUUGUAAGCAGAAGGAUAAUGGAGUUUAUGUUUGUGCUGCUUCAAAUACUGCGGGCCAAACCCUCAGUGCCGUACAUCUCUCCGUAAAGGAGCCGCCUGUGCGGUUCAAGCAGCCCCUCAUUGAUCUAGAGGUAUGGGAACGAGAUUUGGCAAUUCUUGAGUGUGAAGUUCCAGAGGACUCUGUUUCCAUCACAUGGUAUCUGGAGGAUAGACGACUGCAGCCAGGGGCCAAAUAUGGAAUGGAGGAGUGGGGAACAAAACGGCGAUUAACUAUCCGUGACAUCGGAGUGGACGAUGACGGGAUUUACCUCUGCGAGAUGCCUGAUGGGGGCAGAAGCAUUGCAGAGGUUGCUGUGAAAGGGACAAUUUUGCGCAAGCUUCCAAGAAAAGUGGAUGUAUUGGAAGGCGAAAAUGCUGCUUUUUGUGUUGAAGUUGAAAAAGAAGAAAUGGACAUACAUUGGUACAAAGAUGGUGUAGAGCUCCGUGAAACACAUCAGACCAUCCUGAAGUCCUUUGGUCGCACUCACAUCCUGGUUUUCGUCAACACAAUGCCUCCAGACUCAGGCCUUGUGACUUUCCUUGUAGGCAAAUCCAAGACUUCCUCUCAGCUAAGAGUGAAAGCUGCAAGACACUGUCCUCCCAGUUGUCCGGUGGGUGUGCAAAUCAACACAGAGCGUGCUAAUGCAGCUCUGCUCUCAUGGGUUCCUGCUCAGGACUCACGAAAGAACCCUCCAUCUGGAUAUGUGCUUGAGCGACAGGAAGUGGGCACUGGCUCACAGGAGUGGCUACAGUGCCUGACUACUGACUCUGCAACAGCUGUGGAGAUCCUUGGUGACAGCGUUCCAUGCGAAGCUGAUUAUCGAUUUCGUAUUUGCAGUGUAAACAAAUACGGAAAGAGCAACAAUGUUGAGUUCCCCAGGGCUGUUCACUUAGUCCCAGUUGCAAGAAUACAAGCUCCUUUACAAGACGCAUUGGUGCCAGAGGGCCAAGACGCUCUCUUCUCUAUUGAGCUCUCGGCUUCAGUUAUUGGUACAUGGUUCUUAAAUGGUACUCAGCUCCAGGAGGAUGACCGUUGUUCAAUGCGUCGAUCAAGAACUCACCAGUCUCUUCGAAUUCGAGGAGUACGUGAUACAGACAAUGGAGCUGAGAUCACUUUUAUUGCCUAUGGCAUCCGGGAUUCUGCAGCACUUUACAUUCAAGCUCCUCUUGUCAAGUUUUCACCCAUGUCAGAAAUGGAUCGAAACAAAUUUGUAGAAGUUGGGAACCCUAUUGUACUCUACUGUGAGCUGUCAGACCCUGCAGCUCCAGUGAACUGGUACAAGAAUGGGGUUGAAUUACAAACAAUAGAGGGUCUUCAUAUCCAAUCAGAGGGCACCAUGAGAAGAAUUGUCAUCCAAUCAGCAGAAUUCUCACAUUCUGGAGUUUAUUGCUGUGAUGCCAUUGAUGAUGUCAUCAGGUUCAAUGUGGAAGUAGAGGCACCACCGGUGACAUUUUCUGAAAUCCCAGAGGAGGACCUCUUCAAGAGUGUUGUGGAACAAGAAGAGCUUGUUCUGUCUUGUGAAGUAUCUAGGGCUGAUGGUGUUGUCCAGUGGUACAAAGACGGAAUUGAGAUGCAACAAAGCAAUAAAAUCACUAUCAAAGCAGAAGGCACCCAAUGGAAUCUCACAAUCCAUCAAGCCCAAUUGUCUGAUACAGGCACCUACUCUUGUCGUGCAGGCGACAAUGUUUUGCUGUUCAAGGUGAAUGUACGAGAGCCUCCAGUCAUGAUCACUUAUCCUAAGGAGGAUGUCCAUCUUGAUCGUCAUGUCCCUGAGGAAAUUAUUCUAAGCUGUGAAUUGUCUCGUCAAAACGGUGCCGUCAGCUGGUACAAAGAUGGUCAAAAGCUGCAAGAGAGUGAGAACAUAAAACUCAAGGUUGAAGGCCCUUAUCGACGUCUGAAGAUUAUUUCAAGUGGAGUUGAGGAUUCUGGGGAAUAUGUCUGUGAUACAGCCGACGAUUCAAUAUUCUUUCAUCUAACUAUUACAGAACCUCCAGUGCGCAUUGUGUCCCCAAGUCAGUCCCAAAUGGAGCUGUGCCAGCAGACCUCUGAGAGGAUGGUACUGAGCUGUGAGAUCUCCCGGCCUAAUGCAGUGGUGCGCUGGUACCGAGACGGACUUGAAGUGGAGGAGAACGACAACCUCAUUCUCGAGGUGGAUGGUGUCUACAGAAGACUUAUAAUACCUGAAACUACAGUCAAAGAUUCAGCCGAAUACGUCUGUGAUACAGCAGAUGACUCCAUGACUUUCUUUGUCAACAUAGCAGAGCCUCCUGUCCGCUUUGUACGUCCAAGGAAGAUGGCAAGUAGAGUGGAGAUGGUGGCUGGGGAGACUCUUGUUCUAGACUGUGAAGUUUCCAGAUCAAAUGCAGAGGUCAGCUGGAAGAGGAAUGGGGAAGAAGUCGAAGACUCCAGAAAUAUCACCAUCCUUGAGGAUGGAGUCAUUCGUCAAUUAACCAUUCACUCACUCGUACUUGAGGAUACUGGGCAAUAUGUCUGCGAUGCAAAGGAUGAUGUGAUGGAUUUCCAAGUAAAAGUGCAAGAGUUGCCUGUAAAAAUUGUUGGCAAAACCGAUGCAAAAACAGAAAAGCAGUUCUUAGUAUCAGAUGACAUUAUUCUUGUAUGUGAACUAUCAAGAUCCAAUGCCUCUGUCAGCUGGUACAAAGAUAAUCAAUUAAUUGAUGAAACUGAACGAUACUGUAGCGAGGAGCAAGGCGUUUUCCGAUCACUGGUUGUCCUUAAUGCUGGGCUGGAAGACUCAGGAGAGUACAUCUGUGAUGCAAAGGAUGAUAAGAUGGUCUUCUAUAUCACUGUUAAAGAACCUCCAGUGCAGAUUAUUGGAAACUCAGGCAACCCAGAGCAUCACAUUCUGGUGGCAGGAGAUGACCUUACUCUGGAGUGUGAGGUGUCUCGGCCCAACGCCUCUGUUCAGUGGUUGUGGAAUGGCGAUAUACUGAAACCAGACACUCGAAUAAAAAUUGAAAGCCAUGAUGUUGUGAGGAAACUUGUUCUCUCUGGACUUCAGCCCUCAGAUUCUGGAAAAUACAUUUGUGAUGCCGUCGAUGACAAAUUGAUAACAAUUGUCGAGGUCCAAGCUCCCUGCCUUGUUGAGUUUAUAGCGGAGCUCCGUAACACCACGGUCCGUGAAGGAGAAGACGCAGUAUUUAAGUGUGUGGUCUCACCAGAGGACACUCGGUUGGUGUGGCGUCUAAAUGGCAAGCAAGUAGCUGUGAAUGAGCGCACUCCCAUUUCAAGCAAUGGACUAUGCCACAUGCUCUGCAUCCACAACUGCAGGGUUUCAGAUAGCGCCAGAGUGACAGCUGAUGCCUCGGGGUUGGUAUCAGAGGCAGAACUCCAGGUUCAAGAGCAACAGGUGUUGUUCACCAAGAAAAUGGCACCGCUUGUAGCUGAAGAGUACAGUGAGGCCACUCUAGAGGUGGAGGUGAGUGUGGAUUCUGGCGAGGUGCAGUGGAUGAGGCAAGGGGUGCUGAUCCACCCGGGAGCCAAGUACACCCUGAAACACAAAGGCCAACUACACAGCCUCCACAUCCACACACUGGCCAUGUCUGACCGGGGCACCUACAGCUGUGAAACCCUCCAUGACCGCACGCAAGCCCAGCUCACAGUGGAACCUCGAAAAAUCACAAUGAAGAGAGGGCUGACUGACAUUAAAACCACAGAGAGAGAAACAGCGUCUUUUGAAGUGGAGCUGUCCCAUCCAAAUGUUCCAGGCACCUGGACAAGAAACGGAAUCAAACUGAAGCCGACAAAUCACUUCCGUAUGAGUGCCAAAGGACCAGUCCACAGCCUCACCAUCUCUAACCUUUCAGUAGAGGACACUGGCAGUUUUAUGUUCUGUGUAGAGAAUUUGAAGACAACUGCAAGACUUGUUGUGAAGGAGCCCCCCGUGACCAUCUUCAGAAAACUGGAAGACCAGAAAUUCCCUGAUGGGGCGAUAAUCUCCAUUGAGUGUGAGCUUUCAAGACAUAAUGUCGAUGUGAAAUGGCUGAAGAACGGGGUCGAGGUUAAGCCGGGCAAGGACUUGCGCAUUUAUGCAAUGGGAAGGAAACGUUUUCUUCAGGUCAUGAAAUGUAAUGUCAGUGAUUCUGGAGUGUACACCUGCGAUGCUGGAGAUGUAACUACGUCCUGCACUGUGGAGGUCUAUGAGCGUGAGCUACAGAUCCUACAUGGUCUUGAAGACCUGGACAUCCAGGAAGAUCAGAAUGCAGUGUUUGUCUGUGAGAUCUCAGUGGAGGAUGUGCCGGGAGAAUGGUACAAAAAUGGGGAGAGGAUACAGCCCACCAGCACCGUCAAGAUCCGCCAGGAAGGGACCAAACAUUUUCUUCUUAUGUGCAAUGUGCGAGCAGAGGACUCGGGAAAAAUCCAGUUUGUCGCCAGACAAGUUGAAUCUGUCGCUCACCUGGGGGUGGAAGAGCUCCCAGUCAACAUAGUCAAACCUCUGCAGGAUAAGACGGCCCUUGAGAAGACUCGGGUGCUCCUGGAUUGUGCUGUAUCAAACCCUAGAUGUAGCAUCCGCUGGUACAAAGGCAGCAACGUCAUCCUGCCAUCCGAGCGAUUUGAGAUCUGCAGUGAAGGCUGUUACCGCAAACUAAUCAUCCAGGAGGUGGCGCAACAUGAUGAGGGCACAUACAGUGUACAGGUUGGAGAGCAUACAUGCUCUGCAAAACUGACCGUGGAGGCCCGGUCCCUGCAGAUGGUGCGGGAGCUGAAGGAUGUGGAGGUCAUGGCCCCGAAUGAGGCCUGCUUCGAAUGUGAGGUGUCAGUCCCGGUCCUCAAAGCCCCGGUGUGGAGUCUGAAUGGAGAGCCCUUACAGGACAGUUCCCAGGUUAGCCUGGAGAAGAUGGGCACGGUCCACAGGCUGACCCUCAGACAAACCUCCCCGGACAUGAGUGGAGAAGUGGAGUUUACCUACGGGAAAGCAAAUAGCCGAGCACAGCUUCGAGUACUUAGUGAUCCGUGAGUGACAUCUCCAAUCUGUCAUCGCCUGAUCGACACUGAUUGAUGCUUUUAAGUUGUGACAUUGACAUCGCUUCUAUAUCUACAAACAAGAAUGUCUAUAAAAGUGGUUUAAACAGGGUUGUGAUGAAUAUCAUGCAGUUCAAUUAACUGAGGGAGCGUUGUUGUUGUUGUUGUUUUUUUGCAUACAAGGAAGUAAGAUCUGACUGUAGAAAAAUGUGUCAUUGUUAGAGUGUGCGGAUGUUUUUCACAGUUUCUUAAUCAUAAUGCAACGUGCAGUUAAGAUGUAAAUAAUGUUCUGUGUGUACGUGAACUGACUCGAACUGUGCUGUGAAAGUUGACGCUAAAAUGUGUUUUUGUGACAAUAAAUAUUGGAUUUAAAUACUUAAAAAACCUAAAGACGUACUGAUAUAAUCAAAUUACAGUUUGACUGAAGAGUUCAAUAAAGUCAGAUAUGGAAAUAACCGAAUGAAUAAUGCCAUGUCUGAAUACAUAUGUACUUAAAGAGAUUUUAAAAACACAGCGUUUGAAGUGUAGAGGUGUUUUGUAAUACCAUUUGGGUGUAGUUCACUCUAUUUGCUCAUCAUUUUUGACAAAAUCAAACAAAAGAAAAAAGCAGGAAAAAAUAACAUUUUGCAAUUUAGACCUCUGUCCUGACCUUUGAACUGAUCAUUUGUUUGUCUAUGUUAUGUAAUAGUAUUAAUGAAAAGAGGAAACACAAGUCAUAGUCAAAACGGAUGUGCAUAAUUGCGCAACAUCCUUAGCGGUAUAAUCUGAUUUGCACUUGGUGUGCUUUUAAAGUCUUCUUGGUGACAGUGUGUCAGACUCCAGAGGUUAGGGCAUAAUGUUUCAAUUGACAUGUAUGCAUGUACAAUUUACAUUUAGCUUUAGGCUGUAGUCAGGAUCAUCCGGUUACUUUUAGCCGUUUAAGACUAUUUAAAUAAUUUGUUCUUUUUUGUAUUGAUGACUGGAAAGACUUUCUGUCUUGUAGCGAGGGGCUUGUAAUGUAAAUACAUCGGGCCAAAAAAUUGGGAAAUCAAGGAAAGAAUGAGUCUAAAAAUAACUUGAUCAGUUUGACUUGACACUGAUGAUCAGGGUGUGUUAGCUUCAAUGUGUUGUGUUUGAACUAAACAGCGACUGAUACUUGUUUUCAUAUCACAUCUGUUCCAUUUUCCAUCUUUCCAUUUGACUUGUUUUCAC